GUGUACGCAGGCGCGAUACACAAGGUCGUCUCGGCAGCAGUGAAAGCAUGAUGUCCCUUGCUGCCCGAUCGGGGGCAUUUUCCCCUUACCUGCAGGCUACAGCAUUUGCUGUUGCGGGGCCCCUGAAACCUCUGGUACCAGGCGUUGUUGUAAAGUCAGAGAAGUUUCUGAUGGACCCCAAAAAGCCGUUCCUGUGCCGAGAGACGCUGAGCGGUCAAAGCCCGAAGACAGGCCCCGCUGUAACAGUUAGCAUCAACGGGUGUGCAGGAGUCAGGUUCGCCCACACUGACAUCAGAGUACCAGACUUCUCUGACUACAGGCGUCCAGAGGUGCUCGACCCCCACAAGUCAUCCCAAGCAAGCAGCGAAUCCAGGAGAGCCUUCUCUUACCUGUUUACUGGAGUUACUGCGGUAGUUGGCGUCUAUGCUGCCAAGACGGUGGUGACCCAGUUUGUUUCCUCCAUGAGUGCCUCGGCCGACGUCCUGGCUAUGUCAAAGAUCGAGAUCAAGCUGGGUGACAUCCCCGAAGGGAAGAACAUGACCUUCAAGUGGCGAGGAAAACCACUGUUUGUACGUCAUCGCACCGACAAGGAGAUCGAAGCAGAGGCUGCCGUGAGCCUUUCAGAGCUCCGAGACCCCCAGCACGACAAGGACCGGGUCCUCAACCCCAAAUGGGUGAUUGUCCUUGGCGUGUGCACACAUCUGGGCUGCGUGCCCAUCGCCAAUGCUGGAGAAUACGGAGGUUAUUACUGCCCUUGUCACGGCUCACACUAUGACGCCUCUGGCCGCAUCAGAAAAGGCCCCGCCCCUCUCAACCUGGAGGUCCCAUACUAUGAGUUUCCAGAUGAUGAAACGGUCAUUGUGGGGUAAACAACCGUCACAGACAGGUGACUUAAUCCUACACUUUUCAGUCUGUCCCAAAUCAAAAGGCCGCAAUAAUCACAACUGGGACGAAGAAGACUUCAGUCCUCAAUAGAAACAUCUGCCAGUGUUGGUUAUCGUUUAAAUUCAAGUUUAUUGCCCCCAUUUCUCUCUAAUGUAUAGUUGGAUACUUGAAAGAUCACAUUCUCUCUGCUUAUUCUUAUUUGUUAAAUAUAAUGUAAAUGUAAAUUAAGACCAUGGCUCGUCACGUGUUGUAGUCCAUCCUCUGUUGUGCUCAAGUGUGGCCAAUAAAGAUUUCUAUUUUAUUUGA